AUGGCAGACGUUAAAGCAAACGCCGAGGCGUUAAUUCCUAAAUUCAAGCUCGAUCGUGUCCUCAACCAAGACCAAGCAGGCCGCCGCACCUCUCUUCUAGGAACAAUCGACUCCAACCCAGCCCUCCUAAUCCUCGAACGCGCCCCCUUCCCAGCCGACCCCUCCUACCUAGCCGCAACCCCAACAACCCUCUCCUCCAUCACGAACCUAGGCGCAAACGACAUCUACCACUGGUACCUCGCCAACACCUCCUCCACCUCCACCGACACCUCCCUCGCCGACCUCAAAAUAAACCUAAUCUACCCCUGCACCGCCGCCCACAUUAAAAAAUACAGCAAACAAGGCGUCCGCUUCGUCACAGAGACGCCAGAGCUCUACGCCUCCCACAUCCGCCCCUACAUGCAACGCAAGCGCGGCGACGGCCGGCUGGACUGGGUCUUCAACAUCAUCGAAGGCCGCACCGAAGUCGAAGACGUAAUCUACCGCACCCAGCUCGGAACCCAAGGCGACGAAGGGUUCCUGCUCAUCCCGGACCUCAACUGGGACCGUAAGACGAUCGAGGGCCUCCACCUGCUGGCUCUCGUCGAGCGCCGCGACAUCUGGUCCCUGCGCGACCUCCGCAAGAAGCACAUCCCCUGGCUGCAGCACAUGAAGGCCAAGUUGCUGGCUGCGACGGUGAAGCAGUACCCCGACAUCGAGAUCGACCAGCUCAAGCUCUACGUCCACUACCAGCCGACGUACUACCACUUCCACAUUCACAUUGUACACGUGCAGCUGGAGGCCGGCGCGACGCAGGCGGUCGGCAAGGCGGUUGGUCUCGACAGCAUCGUGGAGACGCUCGAGAUCAUGAAGGGAGAUGAGGAGGCGGGUAUGGAUGGUAUUGCACUAAGUUACACACUUGGCGAAGCCAGCGAGCUAUGGACAGAGGUGUACGAGCCCCUCAAGAAGUCUAAGCAGAACGGUACAGCUUCUCAAUAG